GUGCUGGUGCCAGGCUGGAAAGGUGCAGCCCUGCACGUCCGCAGCAGGCGGAAGCCGCAUGCAUCGGCAUUGGGCAAGGCCCGGAGCGUGGGCAGCCGGGGGAGGGAGGGUUUGGGGGAUUGACCUUGGUGCCCUGCCUUGUGCCACAGGCCCUGACGCGCAGAUUGAGGCACCCGCUGGGCUCUCCCCUGCUGCCUGCUCCACUGCCAAAGGCUGCAGGGUGCCCUGGAGCCCGGUGCAGCCCAGCCGCUGCCCAGGCUGUUCCCAGGGCGGUCCCCAAGCCCUGACCCCAUCUCCUGCGGGGUUUUCUGGCCUGAGCCACUCCAGACCUGCGUCAGGCCCAAGGUGCCGGGAGGCUCCCGGUUCACGAGGGCGGUGGGAGCACCGGGGUGCUUGGAGGCCCCAGCCUGUGCCGGGGAGCUGGUGCCUCUGGCAUCCCACUGUGCGCACGCCCCCCGCACGGCGAGCCAGGGAGGAAGCGUCUGGAAGCAGGAAGCCGCUCGCGGGCCAGCACUCGUCCCUGCUCCUUGGAGAAGCACAACAGGAAGCGGUGCUGGGCCAGCCCGGGGCUCCGGCCGCCUGGACUCGGGGCCCCGCUGGGAGCCGUCCCCCAUGGCCGCUGGCGAGGAGCAGGGGAGCAGCUGCAGGCCGCCAGGAGCAGGAUGUGGCGCCCAGACGGCCCCUUAGCAUGGAGCUGAACCGCCUGCUGCUCCUCACAGCCUUCCUCCUGCAUGUCCGGCUGUCCAGGAUGAGCCCGACCCGCCUGGUCUGCGACAGCCGCCUUAUCCACAAGUACAUUGCUGAGGCCAAGGACAUGGAGAGGAGAGCGGGCCUGUGCCAGGAGCUGCUCCCGCUCCCCAAGCCCGUCCUGCUGCCCCUGGUGGACUUCAGCCUCCGCGAGUGGAAAGUCAAGACCAAUGAGACCAAGCGGCAGGAGAUCCUCUGUGACCUGGCGAUGCUGGUAGAUGCUGUGACGGCCGCACAGAGCCACGCGGGGCUGGAGUGUGCAGGUGUCCUGCUAGAGCAGCUCUACCACAAAACCAGCUCCUUCCACCUGCUGCUGCAGACUUUCAGCUGGCAGGUGAGCACUGGAAGCCCCAGCUGCGCACCACGGACCGUGGCCCAGAGCCACCCCAGCACCACAUUCCUAGCAUACCGGCAGCUGGUGCAGGGCAAGCUGAGGUUCCUGUUCCACGACCUGGCCCGGGAGUCAUGUGCUGAGGGCAGCCCUGGCAAAGCCCCAGGACCCCCCAGCCCCUCAGCGGGCCGGUGAGAACAUUGCAUGCUGAUGGUUAGAUACCAUGGGCAGAGCGGGGCCCUGCUCUCCAGGGCAGGGCAGGUGGAGGCCCUGUUGGAGAUGGGGGCUGCUGCAGCCACACAUUCGCACGGACGACAGGCAGCAGGUUCCUCUGGUGCGACAGCCUACUCCAGUGGUGGGUGGCCCAGUACCAAGGGGCAGGGCUGGAAGGAACCUGGCCCCAGGAGACAACUGGCUGGAAGACGUGGCUCUGCUUGGCUCAGGGCUCCUUCAGGAUGCAGGGCAGUACAUGCUUACAGCAGCUUGCUUCCCUGCCAGUACAGGGCCUGCAAUGCAGGCACUGUGAGGCCCCAUGGGCAAGGCCAAAGGACUUGAUUUUCCCAUGGGCACCAGGAGUGGCAGCAGGGUGUGCCCCCCCACCAUGCCUUCAUCCCAGUGCACAGCCAAAAGCCCUGCAGCCAGACUGGUCUGAUGCAGCUGACCCAGCUCCUGUGCCUGCUGGUUUGCUGCUGCAGGGAUCAGACAGCAGAGUGAAGAGCAGUGCCUGGGCCAGAAAGGACAGGUCCUAGGGUUUACUGGAGGCAGGGGAGUCAGGGUCUUUCUACUGUGAAAACCUUUUCCGA